CUCGAGGGUUAGGUUGAGCUAAUUAGGUAUAGAUGCUUUGAUAUUAAAUGAAUGAAAAACCAGCUGCCAACUUCUCUCUCGCAUAUUCUGCUCUCCUUCGUAUCCACACUUGCAAACUGUACAUAUUACUAUUUAGAUAGAGCGAUCGAGAGACAGCGAGGGAAGAGUUAAACAGAUAGCAUAGGAAUUUUUCAGAUAGUUAAGGUUUUUUCUUGUGAAGAAAACAAAUACAUGGAGGUGAAGCACCAAACGGUACGGUACCUGACUACCAAGCUGAGUUCGGUGUCGGAGCAGACCCAAGUAGAGGCACUGAGCGAGCUCCGGCUCAUGACCAAACUCGACGCCAACGCCCGCCCCAUCAUCGCUGAAGCCGGAGCCAUACCUUACCUAGUCGACACCCUCUACUCCUCGUCCCACGUGGCCCAGGAUGACGCCGCCGCCACCCUCCUCAACCUCUCCAUCUCCUCCCGCGCCGCCCUCAUGUCGACACGCGGCCUCCUCGACGCCCUCUCCCACGUGCUCCGACACCACGCCUCCUCCUCGUCCCCCACAGCGGUCCAGUCCUCUGCCGCAACUCUCCACAGCCUCCUAAUCGAGGACGAGUACCGCCCCAUCAUCGGAUCCAAACGCGAUAUUAUCUACUCCUUGAUCGACGUGAUAAAACAGUCCCGCUCCGCCGUUAGAUCCGUCAAGGACGCCCUCAAAGCCCUGUUUGGUAUCUCGCUAUACCCUUUGAACCGCAAGACGGUUGUUGAUCUGGGUGGCGUCGGACCGUUGUUUUCUCUGAUACUGAAAGGCUCGGCUACUGGGAUAAUAGAGGACGCGACGGCUGUGAUAGCGCAGGUCGCGGGGUGCGAGGAGAGUGAGGAGGCGUUUAGGAAGGCUUCAGGUGUCGGGGUUUUGUUGGAUUUGUUGGACGUGGCGACGGGGUCGAGCAUGAGGGUGAAGGAGAACGCGGUGGCAGCGCUAUUGAAUUUAGUGAGGUGCGGAAAGGAGACGUUAGGGAGGGAGGUAAGGGAGAUGGGGCUACUGGUGGUGGAGGGGAUUGCCGAAGUCGCGGAGAAUGGGAACCCGAAGGGAAAGAGCAAGGCAGUGGCGCUGCUGAGGGUGCUCUACGGUGGGAGCAAUGGGUGUGUGGUGAGGGACGAGCGGUUUGAUUAUUUGCUGAAUCAUUAACAACAGUUCAGUUCAUGAAAUCUGUUGGGUAUAGAUCAAGGUCGAAACCCUCGUCAACCGGCCUUAAACCUUCGAUGUUAUCCAAUCGAUCGAUCGUCCUUCUGUCGGCUGGCUCGUGAUCCUCCCAAAUCUAUCCUUAUCUUGUAAUCCUUGGCCUUUCCUCCAACCCUUAUAUUCAUUAUAUCCACCAGUACUGGGAUUUAUGAUCUGUUCGUCGAAAAAAAUGUGAUGCACGGUUUCUUAAAAUUGAGGCUACGGCGGCGGCUUUUAUUGUUAAAUUCCUUUAAAUAUAUAUAUAUAUAUAUAUUAAGAAAGAGGAUGUACGUGAUCA